AUGGCAUCCUCAUCUAUAGGUAUGUAUGUAUCUGUAGAUUUUCAUUACAAUGGAAUGUUUUCGCCAAAACCAUUAGUGUACUUAGACCCCGAAAGCUUGUGUGAGGGUAUUAGAAGAAUCGACAGUGAUGUUGAUUAUUGGGAGUUUGUGGAAAUUGUUUAUAGUCUUGAGAGUGAGUUAGAUGUGUGCAUUGACCACCAAACUGAACCAAUUCUUGAUUGGGCUGAUAACGAGUUGUUAGCAGAUGGUAAAGGGUAUGAGAUGGAUGAAGAGGAUGACAAGGAUUCUGAACUUUCAGAGACAAUGGAAUAUGAACGUGAAUGUGAUGAAGAGGUCCAUACUUUUGAUAAAACUGUUGGAGACCCAUUCUUGGGCAAACUUUCAAGACAUAUAAGUGAUGAGGAUGAAGAGGAAGCAAACACUGGAAAAUAUAAGGAUGUUGUGUUCCAUGUUCAUAAUAAGAAUCAAGAAUGGUAG